GCAGCCGGGCUGAUUCGGUCGUUUGAGAGCAGCCAGCAGUUUGGCUGUGCCGUGGGCUCCAGCUCUCCCCCUUUCAUUCUAAGGAUGACUCAGAAGGAGAACGCAUACCCCUGGCCCUACGGCCGACAGAAGGCUCAUUCUGGUCUGAACACCCUCCCUCAGAGAGUCUUUCAGAAGGAGCCUGCCACCCCAUCUUCGCUUGUCCUCAUGAGCCGCUCCAAUGCCCAAUCCACAGCUGCCCAUGGCCAGAACAGCAGUGGGACACCCAACUUAAUCCGGUCCUUCACAAUUGAUGACUUUGAGAUCGGGCGUCCUCUGGGCAAAGGCAAGUUUGGAAACGUGUACUUGGCUCGGGAGAAGAAAAGCCAUUUCAUCGUGGCGCUCAAGGUGCUCUUCAAGUCUCAGAUAGAAAAGGAGGGUGUGGAGCACCAGCUGCGCAGGGAGAUCGAAAUCCAGGCCCAUUUGCAGCAUCCCAACAUCUUGAGACUCUACAACUAUUUCUAUGACCGUCGAAGGAUCUACUUGAUUCUGGAGUAUGCCCCCCGUGGGGAGCUCUAUAAGGAGCUGCAGAAGAGCCGCACUUUUGAUGAGCAACGAACAGCCACGAUCAUGGAGGAGCUGGCAGAUGCUCUGAUGUAUUGCCACGGGAAGAAGGUGAUUCACAGAGACAUAAAGCCGGAGAACCUGCUCUUGGGGCUCCAGGGAGAGCUGAAGAUUGCUGACUUCGGCUGGUCUGUACACGCCCCCUCCCUGAGGAGGAAGACAAUGUGCGGCACCCUGGACUACCUUCCCCCAGAGAUGAUUGAGGGGCGCAUGCACAACGAGAAGGUGGAUCUGUGGUGCAUUGGAGUCCUCUGCUAUGAGCUGCUCGUGGGAAACCCACCCUUUGAAAGUGCCUCACACAAUGAGACUUAUCGGCGCAUUGUCAAGGUGGACCUAAAGUUCCCUGCUUCUGUGCCCACAGAAGCCCAGGACCUCAUCUCCAAGCUGCUCAAACAUAACCCCUCAGAACGGCUGCCCCUGGCCCAGGUCUCAGCCCACCCUUGGGUCCGGGCCCACUCUCGGAGGGUACUGCCUCCUUCAGCCCUUCAGUCUGUCUCCUGAAUUGUCAUCUGUGUUUGUAUGUCUGUAUAUGUAUAGUUGGAAGGAGGGGUCCCUGGCCUGUUCCCUUAUCUAUCUUCUACCUCCCUUUUAUUUAAUAAAGUCUGAAACUUUUUA